CAGAUGUCACUUCUGUGCUGUGUUUUGCGGGCUGUGGUUCUGCAAAGUAAUGCCUGAGAUGAGGAGAUCUUCGACGCUCCCUGGAGUCGGUGACAUCGAGAAGUAAAUUUUCGCUCUUACCACUCAAUGUAUCGCCCGAUCAUUUGGGGCGGGAAAAUCGUCUUAUGUCUCUUCAUGACUGCGGAUACAUGCACUAAAAGAUGUCAGUUGUAGGCUCCAAAAGGACAUAUUUGCUUUCAUCGACCCGUGGUGAAGUCGAGAAGUCCCCUUAUGAAGGCGCCCAUCUUCUGAGCAUGGUCGAGGAGGUUUUCUAUGUCCUUAUAACCAUUGUUGGCGAGAGAGCCAGCACCACUAGGCUCCCAUUCCAGCGUGCCAUCCAUCGCGAGAUCAUGCACGCGCUUGCGGCAGGGCUAACGUGUCCUCAAGGAUUGUAUCUCACUUCUGCGCACCUGAGUCAAACAUCUGAUACGGGCGUGUACGAGCUGAAGGACGAGGCUUAUGACGAGGUGGACCCGUUUACCUUCCACUACACGUGGAACAAGUGUGAGGAAGUGGAAGUCAUCCUCAAGAACAGACUCCGAGUUGCAAAAUGGCAACUUCCCACAAAUCCUGUGGUUACCUGUUUCGUGGUCCAAGGGGUCAAGUUCUGUCACGAUCUAUAACAUGAUGUUCCAAUGUAUCAAGCAGGAGACCAAAAAGAGUGUGAGUACUCAGAACCAAGUGCAAUAAAAUUAUUCUUACCCGUGAAGUCUGGAGCUUGAGUGGGAUGCUGGUGAGCUGCUGCGAAAAUUGUACGUUUAGAAGGUAAUAUGAGAGGUGUACAACAAGUUCUGUAUGAUGACAUGGACCAAUCACUGCACC